AUCUACCUGGUAUCAACAGUACUGAACAGCUGACCUGCUGUUUCCUGACAGAAAAAUAAUAUUGGACCGGGAGUGGAUUGGAGAGCGUAAGCCUACAAUUUUUCCACAGCGUGAAAGCACACUUGUACGAUUUCGCGGAACACGCGAGAUGAAUAGUUAAUACAGAAAGAACAAGAUUGAGGAGGAUAUGAAAAAAUGUCACUUUUCAAGACGAAAGAAUGGUGGAGAACGGAGUGUGGGACGGGUGAAACAUUCGACAGACAGUGUUUGCUCGUUGCGCCAUUAUUCGGGCCAGAGAAAGGUGACAUUAUUGUGGUUGCUAGUCACAGUGGAAAUCUUCGAAUAUAUUGCCCAUCAUCACAAUGGAUAGACGAGAACAAAGCGCCAACGGGCUACAAAGUUACAGAUCUUAUGAUCGAGACGAAACUUGCAGAUUGCAUAAUCGAUGUAAAAGCUGGAAAAUUUGUUUCGGGUUCUCAGGAUCUUCGAUUGGCCAUAUUGACGCCCGAGAAGCUCGUCGUUUACGGGAUCGGACUCAGCGAAGAAUCGAGCGAGCACGGUGAUCGAUGCAUCCUGAACGAAGUUUACGAGCACGAGCUGUCGCGGUUUCCAGCCUCACUCACCACCGGACCAUUCGGCUCCGCUCGAGGUCGUGAUUUUUUCUGUGUUCAGUGUCUCGACGGUACUCUCAUGUUCUAUGAACAGGAGGCUCAUACCUUUGCUCAAACGUUUAACAAUCGUCUAUUGCCAGAGCCCCUCGUUUACGUUUCCCGGAACGACGUCUUCGUCACACCGAGUUCCGGCUGGAUUCUGGAAUGUUACAGAUAUCAAAACAUAGCAGAGUCUGGCAGGAGAGCCGACGUCGCAAAGGACAUGGAAGGUGAUGUUAUAAGAGGACUGGAGCCCGAUUGGACGUACAACCUCGGGGAGGCUGUCCUCGGUAUCGAGGCCGUCACGUUGAGCAGCUUCGAGGUCGGUAUCGUCGUCCUGUCGGAGAGGAAUCUCUACUGCUUCCGUGACAAUUGUACAGCUCUUAAAUACUCAAAGAGACUCGAGUACAAUCCAGUAUGCUUUCGAGCUUACGUAAUCGAACCGGAUGGCAAAUUGAUGGUACUUGUCGUGGCCGACACUGACACGCUUCUACUCUAUGAAGGAACGACGCUCAAGUGGUCCGCGCAAUUGCCUUUCACACCUGUUGCCAUUGCGAGGGCCCAUUUUCAGCAUUUGGAAGGGGUCAUCGUCAUCCUCUCGGACGAAGGCCGGCUCGAGGCAUGCUACCUCGGCGCCGAGCCGUCUCUCUUCAUCGCUCCGCCUCUUAAUCGUCGUAACUUUGACUACAAGGCUGCCGAAAAAGAGCUGCUCGAAUUGCGAAAACAAACAAAAGACUCAGCACUUUCUGUUGAUAAAUUGGCCAGUUCAGCCGUGGAGUCAGAACUUGUCAUCGUUAUCAAUGUCUCCAAGGACCUCGAAGGGUGCCCCGUCACCGAAACGAGCGAAGAUAAUGAAGGGCGAAUCACUAUGUGUCGGGUGAACAUUGAUCUCUCUUCGUACACGCCACUUCACGAUGUUGAGGUGAACGUUCACUGCGCCAAGCCACUCGUCGUCUCCAAUAAUUAUCAUGCUUUUUCCAAUCUCUCCGAUCGUCAGGUAUUUCAAACGACGAUUCACAUGUCCGGAAAUCGAUCACCUUUAUCAGGAGACAUCACAGUCACAGCAAGUUAUGAAACGGACGAUGGGAAUCUUCGAGUUCUGCAAAAAAAUGCCAGUUUGCCGCUGAGGAUGUUUAUGCGGGCUUGUCCACCGGAGAAUACGGCGUCUUUUACUGCGACUAUAAAAAACAGCGAAAAGACUCUCGUUAACUUUGGUCAACUGUUUCCAGAAUUUAUGGGUGAACACGCUCAGCGAUCAAGUUCGAACGCCCUCGGAUUGCAGCAUACGCAUACCGGUAACGUUGUUACGAUAGUGGCGGGCACGAGCACGAAUCGUUAUAGGAUACAAUCGAACGAUCCGCUGUCGAUGACCCUGGUGCUUGAGCAGCUGGUUGCCAGACUACAGUCACGAUAUCCCGGAAGUUACGUCGCGACGAUCGGUCCGAACCAUCUGCAGCUCGUACAGAGUCAGAUCGAAGCCCACUUCGCGACUCGUCAGCGCGUUAAACGAAUCACGAAUGAGAUCGGGCUGCUGACGACCCAGUUGAGAAACAUCGAGAGGAGGAUUCUCCGCGGCGUCAGGGAAAGGAAUUCCCGAUCUUUGGCCGCUACCGGGCUCCCGACCCUCUUGGAAUCGACGUAUCGCACGAUCUUCGCCCACUUGGAGGAUCUUACGGCCGCACGAGCGGAAAGAGAGAGAGCUGGACACGAUUUGCAGAGCGCCCUGAGGUUACUGCUCCUUCUUCUACAGCUGAACGUGAACGACGAUAAGUACGCGAUGCUCGAGUCUGCGAUCGGAUUCGAGCCGCAGCUGCGCGACGAUGUCGACUGGGAAGAAGUGGCGGAUGUAGCACUCGGCGCAUUGUUACGCUUCACCUCACGCAGGCCUGACAAUCCUGAAGCUUCGACUGUUCGGCCAACCCUCAAUUGGAACAAAUUCGAGACUGCCAGAGACAUCGCUAAACUGAAAAAACGGGUAGUUCAUGCGGUCGAAAGAGUCAAUAAAACAACGGACAUCGCUGAGAUUGAAUUAGGCUGAUUCGCGGAAAGUCGACGUGAUCGUAAUUGUCGGAAACGACGAGCCACAACACUGAGAAAAGGAGAGUCAGAGGACCGAAUGCCGACGGACGAGUCGUUGGGAAAGACUGCAGGAUGUAAACCUGCAUCCCCGCGUUUCUGAGUCUGCUCCAUUGAUGAAUACGAUUUAAUUGGAAUUAUGAGUUUAUAUACGAUAUUGACUUUGAUUAUAUUGAUAUUGAAAUGGGUAAAUGAACGUCAUUACGUUUUGCCGUCACUUUUUUGGCAUAAAGAAGAAACUCUUUCGUACUGAAAAUUAUUGGGAUAUGAUCAAAAAUAAUCCAUUAGCAUAGUGGCGCAUAGUGGCAAAAUUUGAUAUUAAACACUAUAUGCAAAAGUUUGUUUAUAAAAUGAAUAUACAGAUCAAGAAAGGUCGACGCAUGUGGCCUUUUUUUGUUAGAAUUAGAUUCACUCUUUCAGCCACUACAAGACACAGUUAAUCAAUAGAUCUCAUAGAGUAAAGUUCAUUAAAUAAAAUAUCUAAUUGCUCUGCUUAAAAUUGUGUGCCAUCUUUAUUUCGAAAUCUGCUUUUCAUAACUCAAUAAAAAUUUUACUGAUAUUUUU